CGCUUCACGAUGCCAUCGGACACACUGCUAGAGGAUUGCACGAUCGUCUGGCUUUGCCCCUUGGAGGUUGAACUCCGAGCAGCCAUUGUCAUGCUCGAUGAAAUCUCCGAAGACGUCCCCCCAAGGAUUCGUGGACAGAACGUCGUCUACACGGUCGGUGACAUCGGCCCUCACAAGGUGGCUGUCGUCGGUUACUACCAAGAACAAGGUCUCGCCGUGUCGGGCAGCAUGGUUGCCGAAGUUGUCAGGGACCUGCCAAACCUGCAACUGGGUCUCUUGGUUGGUAUUGCUGGCGGAAUCCCAUCGCCAGGAAGCGAUAUGCGUUUAGGAGAUGUAGCAGUGGCUGUCCCCGAAGGUGAUCGCCCUGGGGUGGUAGGAUAUGACCUUGGAAAGGCAGUAGAGGAUGAUGGUUAUGAACUGAAGCACUGGCAAAACUCUACGCAUCCGCUGCUGCGAUCAGUGAUUAACUUACUUCGAGCUCGAAAUGGUCUGCGAUUCCGGAGACACUUGCAAGUUCUAGACACGCUAUCCGAGUUUCGGAGACCUGAACCGGGUGAUAUAGAUACCACUGACGCGCAUCCCAAGGUCCAUUACGCUACGAUUCUCUCGGGAAAUACGGUGGUGAAAUCAAGAGCCAAAAGAGAACGACUAAGAAGUCUUUAUGGCGGCAUCGCAGUGGAAAUGGAAGCUGCUGGCAUGAUGACGCGGUUGCCAGUGGCUGUGAUUCGGGGCAUCAGUGAUUUUGCAGAUUCGACCAAAAACAAUGCAUGGCAACCGUAUUCGGCGAUAGUUGCAGCUGCAUAUGCUAAGGAAGUUUUGCUGUGUCUGCCUCCUGAGCAUCGACAAAGCCUGAGGCGUAUGUCCGGUCGGACACUGCCAGAGAAGUGGGCUUUUGUCGGAAGACAGGAGGAAAUGGCGCUCCUAGAGAAGGAAUUGGGCUUUCCAGCACAAUCUCCCAUACAGAGGUCGGUUGUCUGCCUCUGGGGCCUCACUGGUUGUGGGAAGUCACAGUUGGCUGCUAGGUUUGUGAGCCAACAGUGUUCAAGUUACCCAGCGCGCGAGAUCUUCUGGAUAAGCGGCGAAAGCCAGGAAAGCUUCGAACAAAGUGUGAUUUCCAUGCUAAAGUCGGGGAGUGUGGAAAACCCUUCUUUUUCUGGGCGUUUUGAUAUGACCGCUGAGAAGCGACGUAAUCUCGUAGAUCUGUUCUUCGCUGAGCUGGAUCGGAUGACGGAUGCGAGAUGGCUGCUGGUCAUUGAUGGAGUCAAUGAAGCCAGUUCCUCGUCAAAUGGAUUCCCAUUUUACGACAUCCACAGUUAUAUUCGGGGUCUUCAUCGGGGAUAUAUUCUCCUCACUUCUAGGAGGCGCGAUGUGGUUGAGAAGUAUUACCUUGGCCGUGAGGUGAGAGGGUUGGACGAUAACGAUGCCCUCAGUCUACUCCAGUUGCAAGUUCAUCCACAGCUAAUGGAAGGGGCGGCAGAUUUGGUGUCAAUGGUCAGAGGCCUCCCAUUAACACUUCGCCUUGCGAUGUCCGUUAUAUCUCGCUAUAGGUUAUCAGUUCGGGAAUAUUUAGAGAUGUGGAAGGGGCAUAACGAAGCUUGUGAGGUCUUGGGGCCAGAUCAAACAUUAUAUCGCUCCAUGAAUCUGAGUUUUGAGGAGCUUGAAAAUGUUGACCCAACCGCAGCAAAGGUAUUAACUCUCUUCAGCUUCCUUCACAAUCGUGACGUAUGGUACGAUAUCUGUCUUGAUGCUACAGGACAUAUCUAUCCGCAAUGGUUGCAGGAACUGGCUAGACAGAAGACGCCAUUCAGGCGAUUUUAUCCUUUACUGGCCGAUCUGUCCUUCAUUGAGAUGAAGCUUACCUCCAAAGGCAACCGGUUAUGGGAGAUACACCCUGCAAUCCAAGUGAUUGCCAGACAACGGGCAAAAGCUAGCGAGAAAGAAUACAUAUCUUGCGUGAUAUCUCUUGUGGCUGCUAAAGUCCCGAGAUCUUUCGAGACUGAUGCCUGGGAGACUAUGCGGCGACUAAUGCCCCAUGUCGAGUUGUGUUGGAGUUACAUCACAGGGGGCAAAUGGGGACCGAACACUAACUUGACUGAACUGGAGAAGCUGGGACAUGUAUUCAGAAACUUCGGGAAGUACGUCGAGGCGUCCCUCAUAUAUCGAAUGAUUGUACAUGGUCUGAGCCUCCAGGAUCCUACCUCGGACAAUAACGAGUUUCUAGCUGAUGUUCUCACCAACCUUGGAUUGGUUUAUACAUCCCAGCAAAAGUUGAAUCCCGCCCUAGACGCUUUCGAUAAGUCGUUUCAGCUGAUGAGUGAACACAACCUUCUCACACGUAAUGCGUCUAUGUCCAUCUUGUACAACAAGGCCGUGGUCUAUAUGAUGAUUGAUAGACUAGAUGAAGCGGAAUUGCUUUUGCGGAAUGCAGCUGCGCACUUCUCGGAAGCUUCACAGAGUGACCACACCCUGAUGCGUACUCAGAGGAACAACCUCUACCUGCGCAUCUUAAAUGAUAUGGGCGAAGUAUUGUUGCGCAAAGGCUCUGCAUCUGAGUCACUGGAAGUUUUUCAGCGCAUAUGCUCCAACUACAAGGACUGGCAAGAUAACUGUCAUCCGGCUCGGGUGCUCGGUAAAUAUGCCGAGGCUCGAGAAUUGCUUGAAAAUGUCAUUUCAGUAUAUACUGAAUGGUGGGGACGACGACACCCAGAGACUAUGCGAGUUAUUAACGAGCUGGCCUGGAGUUUCAUGGAAGAGAUUCAGAACAAACGGACAAAUGGUGGGAAUUGGAACUCGUUGACGGGAAAGGCUGAAGAGCUCUGGAACGAAGCACUGAUCUUCUAUCGCAAUUAUCAUGGAGACGAGUCCGAUGUUGUGCAUUUUAUCGGAACGAACUUGGAAACUCUAUACUCCUUGCGACAGCCUGCGUGGAAUUUGGAGUUCGACGUUGCGAUGUCGGGCUCCAGCGAAAUCUAUCUGGUCACUGAAUGACUUCAUUACCAGAGAGCACGGGCCAAUCACGCAG